AGGCGUCUUUAGCUUCAUCUGCGUCGACAAUGGCCUCAAGGUCGGCGACCGCGGCGAGUGCGCGGGUCAGGAAGACGGCGACUGGGGCCUGGAGGAGGACACCGACGCGUGCGCCGGGGUGGCCUCCGAGGAGCCCUGCAAGGAGCCCAAGGCGCAGAAUCCCGGGUCGGACGCCCAGGCGUGGGUCACGCUGGAGAAGAAGGCCGACGCCGACGAGCAGGCCAUCGGCAGCUCCGCAGAGGCCUCCGGCGCCGCUCCUGUCCCCGGCGGCGGCGCCGCGCCCGCCGCCGGCGGCGCCGAGCGCCAGGGCACGGGCGGCGCGGUGGAGGCCGGCGGUCCCGAGGACGACAGCUCCAGUCGCACCGUCGCCGAGGAGGCGAAUGCCACCGGGGCGGAGGGCGGCAAGGCCGAGGAGGCCGAGGAGACCAAGAGCACCAGCGUCGAGGUGGUCAACCGCACCGACGAGCCGGUGCAGGUGAAGGUCUUCGAGUUCGGGAAGAGCGGGCACGCGUCGCGCCUCUUCAGGAGCCCCAUGGCCGAGGGCACCAUCAGCCCAGGCAUGGGCCGCGUCUUCUCGCUGAAGGCGGACCCAGAUCCCGAGGAGACCAUAUUCGACGUGGAGAUCCGUAUCGGCAAAAAGAGGGCCAAGUGCGAGGUUGUCGGCGAGCAGGUCAUCUUCGUGGACGGGUUCUUGGCCGACUGAUGAAGGACGACUGCAUGCCGAUCCCCAGGCACAAGAGAGGUCUUCCCGCCCUUCCCAAUUGGAAGGUGAUCGGCGUCCUCCUCGUCCCUCCGCCGUCCUCGCAGCCCUGCGCCCUCUUCCCACCUGUGCCCACCCACCCCCUCUGCCUUCUCCCCUGGGCUCGCCGCCGAUAGCGCUCCCCCUCAGCCAGCCCCCGCCCAGUCGCCCUGGCCAGUCCGCCCUCUCCUCGCAGCGCGCGCGCGCGGAAAGCCCGCGGCCGCGCCGCGGCGCGCUCCGCGGCCGCGGCCGCGCGGGGACCCCCGCGCGCGAGGCUGUGCGCGGGCAGGCGAGGUGCAGCGGAGCGGA